AAUCCUUUUGUGUGUAAUGAAUGAAAUCAAAUAUACACAUCUGUUGUGGAUGUUGCAACGUUACAGGGUAUAUGGAAAGGACGGGCCAGUCCACCUGACCCAGAGCUACCACCAUGGUCUGGAUACCACCCGGCUCCUGGGCGUCACCAUCGGACAGAAACUCCAACAGACCGUUCAAGAGUUUCCCGAUCGGGAGAUGCUCGUCUUCAAAAGAGGCAACGUUCGUAGGACGUUCCAGCAGUUUUUUGAAGAGUGUGACCAGUUGGCCGCCGGGUUGGUUGCCCUGGGACUAAGGAAGGGGGACCGGGUGGGGAUAUGGGCACCCAACACCCUUGAGUGGGUUUUGACACAGUUCGCCACGGCCAGGGCUGGCUUGAUCAUGGUCAGUAUCAACCCAGCUUAUCAAGUCAACGAGCUGGCCUUUGCACUAAAAAAAGUUGGCUGUCGUGCAGUCAUCUCAGCCACUGCCUUUAAGACGCAAGAUUAUUACAAGAUGCUCCACCAGAUAUGCCCUGAACUGGAGAGAUGCAAGGCUGGGCAGCUGGAAGCGAAAAAGUUGCCCAUGUUGGAAACAGUCAUCAUGCUUGGCGAGGAGAAUUUUCCAGGAACCUUCUCGUUCCCAGAGGUUAUGAAGAUGGGGGACCACGCCCACAGAAAAACUGUCCUGGAGAUGCAGGACAAGCUGCAAUUUGAUGAUCCAAUCAACAUCCAGUUUACAUCGGGAACUACAGGGAGGCCGAAGGGAGCAACCUUAACCCAUCAUAACAUCGUGAACAACCAAUGGUUCCUAGGACGUCGACUGGGGUACCAUGAAAUGCACCACAAGCUUUGCAUGCCGGUCCCGUUGUAUCACUGUUUCGGCAUGGUGAUGGCCUGCAUGGCUGCAGCUGUGUUUGGUACUACGAUUGUAUCCCCUUCGCCCAGCUUUGAGCCCGAACCAACUUUACAGGCCAUCCAAGAGGAGAGGCAAGUAAUAACGCUUACCUAUUUCUGCACAUCCAUAUACGGCACCCCGACCAUGUUCAUCGACAUGCUUCAUCAUCCCAAUUUUGACAAGUACAGGUUGACGAGUCUAAACACCGGAUUGAUCGGAGGGUCAUACUGCCCUGCAGAAGUUGUGAAAAAGGUGGUGUCCAAAAUGCACUGUCCUGAAAUCUGUAUUCCAUACGGCACGACUGAGAACAGCCCUCUAACCUUUUUGGGUUACAAGUCUGACAGUCUGGAGACUAAAUGUAACACUAUAGGACAACCUUUCCCUCAUGUAGAGGUAAAAAUCGUAGACACGAAUGGAGAGGUAACGCCUGUGAACGAGCCUGGCGAACUGUGCACGCGGGGACACGGCACCAUGCACGGGUACUGGGACGACACAGACAAGACUGCUGAAGUCAUCGGGCCUGACAGAUGGUACAGAACCGGAGACGUAGCAGUGUUGGACGAGCAGGGCUAUGGACGGAUUGUGGGGAGAAUUCAGGACUUGAUCAUUCGAGGGGGAGAAAACAUCUAUCCACGCGAGAUCGAGGAAUUUCUGCACACACAUCCAAAGGUGGAGGAUGUACAGGUGAUAGGAGUACCGGACGAGAGGAUGGUGGAAGAAGUCUGUGCCUGGAUCAAAUUGAAGGAAGGGGAGAUUCUGGGCGAGGAUGACGUCAAAACCUUCUGCAAGGGACAGAUAUCCCAUUUCAAAGUUCCACGCUACAUCAUAUUUGUAAAAGAAUUCCCACUGACAGUUACUGGAAAGGUGCAGAAGUUCAAGAUGCGGGAACAGACGAUCAGAGACCUUGGUCUGCAAAGAUAAAGCAAGCUUAACCCUUGUCCUGCUGGCAAUUUUUACACAAUAUUUUCAAAUAAUUUCAUGUCUUAAUCAAGUCA